CAAGCUGGCCUCCCCGGCCCCCUCCCUGCCCUUGGCCCCAGACCUGGACCCCGACCCAGACCCCAAGUCUGACCAGCAGCAACCCCAAGAGGAGCACUAUGUGAGCGAGGGCGAGUGCAGCCAGCUUGACACGCACCCGGCGCCGCCCGACUGCAGGGACGCCGAGACCAUCACAGAUGUGUGCAACAGCACCGACCUGCCAGAGUUUGAGAUCAUCAGCCUUCUAGAGGAACAGCUGCCGGUGUACCGGUUGCGGGCUGACACCGUCUACGGCUACGACCACGAUGACUGGCUGCACACUCCCCUCGUGGCACCGGACGCCAGGCUCGACCUGACCACCGAGCAGAUCGAAGAGACUCUCAAAUACUUCUUGCUAUGUGCAGACAGAGUGGGCCAGAUGACGAAGACCUACAAUGACAUCGAUGCUGUCACACGUCUUUUGGAGGAGAAAGAGAGAGAUUUGGAGUUGGCUGCGAGGAUCGGUCAAUCGCUUCUUAAGAAGAACAGAACUCUGACGGAGCAGAAUGACUAUCUGGAGGAGAGAGUGGGACAAAUCACAGAGGAGGUGGCCCAGCUGCACCACGAGCUGAACCUGAAGGAUGAGCUGCUGCAGUUUUACACCAACGCAGCUGAGGAGAGCGAGGAGGAGUCCAGCAGCUCCCCAACGGGUAAGAAGAGCAAAGUGGGAGCAGCUGUAGGAGGCUUUGUGAGUGACACGCUGCAGAGGAAACUCAAAGAGCUGGAAGAGGAGAACCUGUCGCUCCGCUCAGAGGCAAACCAUCUGAAAUCAGAGACUGAAACUUAUGAAGAAAAGGAGCAGCAGCUUGUCAACGACUGUGUGAAAGAGCUUAGGUUGUCCAGUCUCCAAAUCUCCACCAUAGCAGAGGAGCUGGCUCGUAAGACUGAGGACGCCUCGCGGCAGCAGGAGGAGAUAACACACCUCCUCUCUCAGAUAGUAGACCUGCAGAAGAAAGCCAAAUCUUUUGCGGUGGAGAAUGAGGAGCUCUCUCAACACCUGGUAGCAGCUAAAGAUGCCCAGAGACAGCUUACAGCAGAGCUCCAGGAGCUGGAGGAGAAGUAUUUGGAGUGUAUAGAGAUGCUGCAUGAAGCCCAGGAGGAGCUGAAGAACCUGAGAAACAGAAAUUACCCUGCAGGAGCCCCUCGGCGCUACCAUCCUCUGGGCCUGUACCCUAUGGAUUCUCUGGCAGCUGAGAUUGAGGGAACAAUGAGGAAGGAGCUGAGUCUGGAUGACCCUGAGUGCGAGGAACAGAAAAUCCAUCGGAAGCGCGUUUUCGAGACGGUCAAGAACGUCAACCAGACGGUCCGUCAGCGCUCUCUGACUCCCACCAACGCCAACAUCCCGGGAUCCAACCAGUCUCUGUCAGCUCGCACAUCACCCCAGUCCAGCGGGCUCUCCACGCCUCACUCCAGCAUGUAUGGCGGUGACAUCAGUGGAGACAGUGUUGCCCUUGACAACCGGACGCAGAGCAUCCUGAUGGAGACAGCAGUUAAUCAGGACAGCGGCUCAGAGGGCCGAGAGAAGAAGGCCAGCGGAGCAGAGGACCUGCGGCUCGCCCUGCGCCGCCUGUCUCUGCGCCGACAGAACAACCUGAGCGAGAGGCGCUUCUUUGAGGAAGAGAGGGAGCGCAGACGGGGAGGACACGGAGGUCUACAUGACGCCCUGAGCCAGGAGAGCGCGUUGACCCCCUCAGAGAGCAUCAUGUCCCUCGGGAACCUCCACCUCUGGGCCUCACGAGGGCCCUACCUCCCCGACAAACUCCAGAUCGUCAAACCACUCGAAGGCUCCGCCACCUUGCAUCACUGGCAGCAGUUAGCUCAGCCUCACCUCGGGGUGAUCCUGGACGCCCGGCCGGGAGUCGUGCCCAAAGGGUACAGACCCCUGGAACUAGAGCUGGAGCAGGUCUAUCCAUGGGGCGGCUUUGAGGAGGAUGAACCAGGGGAGCAGUACUUCCAGAAUCUGCCCACCUCCUCAGCCUCUGCCUCACCGGCCGUGCCCUCCACCUCCAGCAUGGCUGACACCAACCUCGGGCAGCCUCCACCCAGCCUCGCUCCACCUUCUCCACAGUCUCCAUCUGCAUCGCCACAUCUCAGCAAUACUGAUGCCCUGGCUGCAUACUACCCAGGUAAAUGUAUGGCCCACACCAGCUCGACCUACACCUUCACAACCUGUCGUAUCCUCCACCCAACCGAUGAGCUGACGCGGGUCACUCCAAGUCUAAACCCAGUCCCAGCAUCAUCGGCCUGCGUGAUGACCAGCACUCUGUUGGGUACUCCUGCUGCCACCCCCUGCACACCCCGCAGGCUCAGUCUCAGGCCGUCUGAAUCCUCAACUAACCUCAGAGAUGCAACACGCACCACCAGCACUUCCCUGGGGUUAGUGCGCCUUCUCCAGGAGAGAGGAAUCUCAGCAGCAAUGUAUCACCAGAGCCAGGGCCUGGAGUACGGUCACGGCAACGGAGGAGUUUUAUUCAGCACCUCCAUCGCCCCUAACCGAGUGCCCAACCCAGACCCUCUGCGCCCAUCCACCCCUCCCAACUCACCCACUGGACAGGGAGCUUCAGCUGUGCCCACGUCUGCUGGCUUCGACUUCAAGAGCCCCUCCUACGACAACUUCCUGGCCUCCAAACCGGCCCGCUCCAUCCUGAAGGAGGUGACGGGGAGAAUGAGGGGUAGGCAGAGAGGGAGGGACUGUGAAAGCCAGACAGACGUUAGCGUGACCGUCCACAACCUCAACCUGCUGGACAAGGUGAAGCGGCUGGGUGUGGCUGGAGCUCCAGGCAGCAGAGCAAUCAGUCCUGGCCCCAUCCUUGGGCCUCUGGGCGGGCUGCGCAGAUCCGGCUCCCCUUUUGGGCCUGAUGGAAUGAGGAGGAACCGGAGUUAUCCAGCCAUGGUCGGGGCCAGCAUGGCCAUGAAAGCCCCGGGGCCCCAGGAGUAGUCUGGACUGCUGCUUGCCGUUAGGGGAGCCAAGUAGGAGCCAGGCAGGGCCCAGGACUGACUGUUGAGCAGUCACCUGGGGCCCAACACUGACUAAUACUGUUCCUACUGUACAGCGACGGCACUGCUGACCAAGUUCUAACACCACAGGUUCCUCACAGACACUGUCCAACUAUGCUUGAAUUAAAAGCAAAAUCAGUUUGAUUACCCAAACUACUGCAGCCUCUUCUAAUUUGCACCCAUGCAUACAGUUUGGUUUGUGCCCAUAUAAUAAGACAUCUCUGAAAUGUCUCAAAUGUGUUAGUUUAGACAUAUAUCUAAAAAUUCGGGCACAUCAAACCAAUUUCCUAUUAUUACAUUUCAUGUAAUUGCAUAAAGCGACCCAUUAAAACCAGAAUACCGAUACAGUUAUUGAGAUCCCAACCACUGCUUUCCACUCACAACCCUGCUUUGGAGACUGACUCUGCUGGCUAGAUGUAGUACUCCCACUCCUGCCUUUUCUGAAACACAUGCAGACACACAUGGGUGCAUUCAAAUGUGCAAUCUUCGUAGUCUCUGUAGCACUAAACCAUGCCUUUCUUCUUCUCUCAUUGGAUUAAAAUCCACUUUUUAUAUAUGAUUCACAAUAUUCAAUCAAAAACAUGAAAAUAUGUCAGGCUUUUACCCUCACUCUCUCCCCUCAGUCUGACUCCUGCCUACAACCCCAGUGCCGAAAAAGUUGGGACAGUGUGGAAAAUGUAAAUAAAAGAGAAUGCAAUGAUUUGCGAAUCUUUUUUGACCUAUAUUCAAUUGAAUAGAGAACAGAGACAAGAUAUUUAGUGUUUAAACUGAUUUAACUGAUUUAUUAUUUUGUGUAAAUAUAUUCUCAUUUUAAAGUUGAAUGCCUGCAACACAUUCCAAAAAGUUUGGUCCAGAGCGAAAAAAAAACCCAACUCACCUAAAACAUUCCACAGAUAAACAAUGGGGUAUAAAGGGGCAAAGAUUCAAAGAAUCCAGAGAAAUCUCUGCAUGUUAGGGGCCAGGCUGAUAACCAGUACUGAAUGCACUUCACCUUUGACCUCUCAGGGUGCACUGCAUUAAAAAACAACAUGAUUGAAUAAAGGAUUUUACUUCAUGGGUUUAGGAACAUUUUGGAAAACCAUUGUAAGUAAACUCAGUUCAUCUCUGCAUCUACAAACUCAAGUUCAGACUCUACCAUGCAAAGUGAAAGCCAGAUAUCAACAUCAUCUACAAACAUGGUGGACUUUUCUGGAUGAGAUGGACCGACAAAAAGUGGAAGAGUGUGCUGUGGUCUGACAAGUCCACAUUUUUUUGGAAAUCUUGGACGUUGUAUCUUCUGGGCUAAAGAGGAAAAGCAUCAUCCAGAUUAGGUGGGUUUUCAUCACAGAUUUGUGCAAAAAUUAAGCGAUAUUUUCAAAAUGUCGGAAAAAUACAAUUGCGAGAUGGCUGUCUUUCCACUGACUGAUGUGUUUCUGAGUGUUUGCAUAAAGAACAUUUCUGUUUAUUGUCUUUUAUCGCUGACUGUUCCGUUCUUUGAUAGUAUGCCACCUAUUGAGCAUUUUGGCAACUGCAGACCAGGUUUCAUUGCACAUGUGUUGUACUACAACGCUGUGACUUGUAGUGACAGUCACAGUGACUACAAGUGCCCAUGGCAUCAUAGAUAACUUCACAUCUGUGAAGGCACCAUGAAUGCUGAAAGGUACACACAGCUUUUGGUGCAACAUAUGCUGCCAUCAACACAAAAUCUUUUUCAGGGACUUCCCUGCUUAUUCCAGUGAGACAAUGAGAGACAUUCUUCACGUGUUCAAACAGUGUGGCUUCUUAGUAAGAGUGCAGCUUCUAGACUGACCUGCCUGCAGUCCAGACCUGACUCUGAACAUGCGUGGAGCAUUAUGAAGCACAAAAGACAACAGAGAUCCCAGACUACUGAGCAACUCAAGUGGUAUAUCAAUCAAGAAUUUUGCUUAAAUUGUUGUCUUUAGUUCCAAAACAUUUACUGAGUGUAAUUAAAGAAAAAGUCGAUGUCACAGAGUGGUAAAAAUGCCCAUGUCCGAACUUUUUGGGGAUGUGUUGCAGGCAUCAAAAUCAGAAUGAAUGUAUGUUUACAAAGAAACUGUCAAGUGUAUCAGUUUGAACACCAAAUAUCUUGUCUCAGUACUGUAUUCAAUUGAAAAUAGGUUAAACAAGAUUUGCAAAUCAUUGCAUUCUGUGCUAUCUAUGUUUUACACAGCGUCACAACUUUUCUUAAAUUUGGGUUGUACCUUAGUCCCUCCUGAAGUGAUUAGGUGUGAGUCCAACAUGUCACUUUUUGUUAUAAAUCAUUAAAUACAGUUAAUGUCUAUAUUAAAGACACUUUGGUUCAGUUUCCUAAUUGACCAUUAAACAGGGAAGCUGAUGGUGCUUCCACUGAAUGAGGCGGAUCGAUACGCUGAAACCACAGCUCACAAAGGACAGAGAGAGGGAGGAGAAGUGGCUAAUCAGCUGUCCCAUUUGAGGCUUUCAGAGAAAUAAAGCAACAUAGUGCCUCAACCAUCUGUUAUUUUAUUUUAUUUAAAAUAAUCAUGCAUAGUAAUAAUGUUCUUUAUGUGUUGGAUUCAGGGUGUGUAGCUGUCACAGCCAUUGUACUUUUAUUUAUUUAAAAAAAUCCUCUGAAUUUUCAUAAAAAAUAUCUCACAUGAGUGCACUGUAUAUAUUGUUCAUUGUCACUAAAUUGUCAAUAAUGACACACGAAUAAAGGAAUGUGUAGUGCAUAACCAACAGCCACACAUCACUGCAAGA